UCCAUAGUGUAUUUGUGGUCAUUUUCCACUCAAGUUCCAGUUUAUUGUCUCCUUGCAAAUUGAAUAUUCAAAAGAUACAGUUUGGGAUUUUAGUGGCUCACCGGAUGUUUGCUCAACUCCCUCCUUCAGUCGAUGUGCGUCACACAAAGCCGAGGCCGCGUCUGUCCAUGGGAAGGAGCCAUGUUGAGGCAGCUCCUGAUACCAUGUUUUUAAUCAAUUUACAAUAAGUGUAUGGUAAGAAUUUUGAUUCAAAUCGAAACUUGGACGGACUAUAACCAUUGACAAAAUGUCGGCGGACGAUUUCCAGUCGAAGUAUGCCUCUGUCAUGGAGAGCAUGCUCAGGAGUGCUGUCGCAGAGACCACGAAACUUUUCGAAACUAUGGUCGACGAGCUGAAGGCAGAAAUAUCCAAAAUGAAGGAGGAGAACGAGGACCUCAAAACAAGAUGCAGCCAGUUUGAGGGUUCGAGGAGCCAACAGACUUUUAACACAGAAAGUGAGGUUCUUCCAGGGCGCAGCCUGGGCUCAGAGAAACGUGACACCGCUGUUCAAUGUGACCUUGUUCCUGUACGCAUGAUGUUGGUUGAGCAAUGUCAACAAUUGAGGCACUCAUCAUUGCAAAACCAAGAGCAACGAUGCGGUUAUCAGGAGUAUGCUUUGCAGGGGCACAACAAUGACACGUAUGGAGAAGAAAAUUCUCAAAUGGCAUUUAUACUGGUAAAACAGGAGUCUGUCUUGAAGGAAGAGGAAGUUGAGUCCGCUGUCGUCUGUGGGCAAGUCUUGAGCGAUAAAGCAGAUACUUAAGUCCUGGUGACAAGCUGCAGUUUCCGAAUGGAGUUUGACAAAGGGCAGGCUCUGUGACUAACCAACUAAUGAAAGAUUCACCACAGGCCUCUGUUUGUGGGCCCUUGCCUCAAAAAGUUGAAGAGACCGAAGUGGCCCUAAAAUCACCUUGUUUGGGAAUGGAUAGUGGUUUACAAGGAGCCCAGAGCCAAUCUUCUGAGCUAGAGCAUUCAUUAGUCAUCUCACUCGCUGCAAUUAAAGAUGACAUUGAAGAAGAGUCUGAAGUCGGUCUGAAGAUAUCAGAAAUUGGGACACAGGGAGAACUCAUACCAUCUGAAAAACACCCAUUAAUGGUUGCUCAGUAUAAAUCGGAGGCUGAACCCCUUGAAAAAGAGCAGCCAUUGGUGGUCCCUCAACAAUAUCAAAGAGAGGACGAAGUAAAUGAGAAAAAUGAUGUUACUCUGCAGCAGUGUGCAGUAGUGGAAUCUACAGAGGAACAGUUGGCACAAUCCACGCCACUCAACAAAGGAGAAGCCUGGGAUAAAUUAAAAAAUGACGUGGCAGAAGUUGAGGUUAGUUCCCAGCCUGACUUGCCAGUACGACGCAAAAGAGGACGGCCACCAAAGAAAGCAAAACAACAGUCUGUGAAAAAAAUCCUUCAGUCACCAUCAUCUUAUAUUGCAACAGAGCAAGAAGUGAAAAAUCCCCCUACAACAACAGUGGAAGAGAUUGAGGUUGGUACACUGAACAUCACUUCAUCCGAGCCUCCAGAAGCAUCCCCAGUUCAGCCUAAAGAAGCUUCAUCCAUUAUCACUUCAUCAGUCCGGGAGAAAGCAAACACUGCUGUAAAAGACAUAGAGCACAAUAAGGUUGAUACCCUGGCGGUUUCGGUAGCAUCUUUCAGUAGAAGAUGUUCCUCUGAAAAGAAAAAAACAUCUAAAUCUCCACAACCUUCAACAGAAAUAAAAAAAGGGGACCUUCAGGCUCCAUCCACUAAAGUUUCCUCUAUAGUUGAAACACUAAACACUUCAUCAGCUGAGUUUGUUCAUCCCAGAGAACGCCGCACCUCUGUAACUCUUCAGGAUGCAAUGUUAUUAGUUGAAGCCAUGAAUCAGUCAACGGUAGAAAAUACAUUCUCCGUUCCACAAAGAAUGGCAGCACCACCCCAAACCCAGUGUUCUCCAAGUGUGGGUACCUUACAAAUUAUGAACGAGGUCCCAGCUAAACAAAAAACUCCAGCAUCUCCUGUUGGAACUCCUGGAGCUGCAAGCAAUCUACCCAUAACUGAGCUGUCCACAACACAGUCGACAAUAAAGAAACGUAGUGCCGCUCCUCAGACUACAGAUGCCACUCCAACCAAUGCAGCUCUGGCCCACAUCAAUGUUGUCCUAUCAAAACAGCAUAUGGUCACUGUAUCCAAUACUACCACAUCUAUAAUGCCUUCAUCAACUUCUGCAACUCAAACAAGUGUGCAAUCACAGUUGGGCUCUCCCCUUCCUCUAUUAACAUCAGUAUCGACCAGUCAACUGACUAACACAAUGCCUCAUAAAAUAAUUGUCGUGUCAAGAUCAGUACCCUCAUUAAUGCCUCAUAAAAUUGUAGCACAGCCUCCCGCCCGGCUUCCUGCGGUCUCAACAGCUGUUGCUACACAGAAUAGUAGGAUACUUUCAGGCUCUAAAGCUGCAGCCGUACCUCUCGGAAAACCCUCCUUUUCCUCUGUUCCUCAGAAUACAAUAUAUAUUACGACCAGCAAGCCGCUUUCGUCUUCACCGUCGACCAGCACAUCAACAAACCCACAGUCUGGGACUCUACCACCCCCAAAAAUAACAAUUAUAAUCCCAAGACAGGUGUCAGUUGUGGCACCAACAAACUGUCAAUCACAGACGACUGUUCCGACAUCAAAGCAGGAGUCAGCCAAAUCAUCUGCUCCUGUUAAAGUGUCAUCGUCGCAGUUGGUCUCUUCAUCACAGGAGUUAAGUGUUUCUGUGGAUACACAACCCGCUUCAGAUGAAGUGGUCACAAUAUUGUCUCAAAGGAAGGUUGAUGCAUCGGACAACUUGGACUCUCCCAAACAAACUGCCUCUGCUUCUGAAACAAUAAAUGUCCCUACAGAAACCUGUUCCACUUUAAAGUCAGCUGGGCUAGUGCCAACCUCCAAGACUCCAGCGGUACCACCAACUUUAGAACAAUCUGCUGUGGUCAGAUUAACCAGGCUCCCAUUUCCAAUUUCAACUGAAGAAUCAGUCUUAGUCUCAAAACUGCAUACAAAUGGAUCUUCUACAACUCAGUCCAUUUUGAAUGAAGGUACCACACAUGCGAAACCAUCAUCUGUGGUCAUAUCUACACAACCAUCAGAGACACUUGUGUUAUCCACUGACAUUUGUCCCAGUUUAAAAGAAUCUCCAGUUAUUGUUUCUGUAAAAACCUCUCAAAUGUCAGAAGAACCAAAUGAUAUUCAAGAGAAGGCAUCAUUGCCCUCUGAAAACUGCACCACUUUGGAAGAGUCCCCCAACAGCAAGAAUGUGCAGCCAUCUACAUCAUCCGAAGUGUCAGCACCAGCUAUUAACGUGACUGAGCCUUCAGCUAUAUCUGGUACAGCUGGUGAACCUACUUCUGAUUUGGACGAGGAACUGAUCAGCCCUGCAGUGCAAGAUUGUGCGUUACCUAAUGACCCAGCAAUUGAAGAAAAACAAUCUUCUGCCAUCAUUCAUCUAACCUCUGUCACUCCCAAGGACUCAGCUCACCCUCGUUUGCAGAUGACUAAAGCACAGUUUCUGGCACAGCUGGCAGUGUCACCUGUUGUACAAGAUCCAAAAAAGGCCACCUCUAAUGACUCUGUAAGUGCCAGAGGUUCCUGUGCGGAGACCAGCACCAGUGACAAGGAAAGGUUACAAAAAAUGUCCAGACUCCGAAGUUACCUCAAACCCCACUUGCAAGCUAGAAGAAGUGAAACAAAUCUAGCAUCACGUGCAGAAACAAAUCCCGCUGCAAGCCAAAAGAAACCUAGAUUAGAGAAUCACAGUCCAAAUGAUAAAAACACAACUAGUGAACCUAUUACUGUAAGCCCAGAAAUGCCAGGAGCAGUGGAAGAUGUUACAUCUCUAAAAAAGACAACGAACGACCCCACUUCCAUUAGUCCUAGGAGAUCAGGAUUAUGUAAAGAUGUGGUUAACCCUAAGAAGAUUGUUGGUGAACCGACUUGUGUCAGUUCUAGGAGGUCUAAUGCUAAUAGUGAAUCCACUCCUGAGAGUCCUAGGAUUUCUGGUUCAAGUAGAGAUGGUAUAGGCUCCAAAAAUACAAAAUCAACUUCUGUGAGUCCUAGGAGGACUGGUACCGAUGGUGUAGGCUCCAAAAAUAAAAAAUCAACUUCUGUGAGUCCUAGGAGGACUGGUACAGAUGGUGUAGCCUCCAAAAAUAAAAAAUCCACUUCUGUGAAUCCUAGGAGAUCUAGUGCAAUUAAAAACUCUGUCAGCCCUAAAAUGACCAAAAACACUUCUGUGCAUCCUGGGAGGACUAGUUCAACUAGGAAUGGCGCUAGCCCCAAAAAUACAAAAACUGGUGGUAGCCCUAACAAUACUAAAACUACUUCUGUGAGACCUAAGAGGACUAGUUCAAGUACAGAUGGUGCAAGUAGAGAUGCUGCUAGUCCUGAAAAGACCCAAUCUAGUUUCAAUAAAAAUGGCACAAGCCCUAAAAUGUCUACAAAUGAAUCGACUUCAUUCUGCCGUAGGAGUUGUACCUUACCUAAAGAUGGUUCUAGCUCAACACAGAUUAAAAGAGAAUCCAAUUCCUUCAGUCCUAGGAGGUUCAGCAUUACUACAGAUGGUGUUGGUACUAAAAACACUAAGUGUGAAAGUAGUUCCCCAACUGUUAGGUGGCCUAAAUUGGCUAAAGAUGGUGUCAGUCCUAGAAAUACUGGGGAAUCCACUCCUGCCAAGAAACCCAGAUUAAAUCAAGGUGGUACCGGUCUGAGAAAGAAUUUGAGAGAGGUGAAUGCUAAGAAGUUAGCUAAAGCUGCAAAGGCCAAAAAGAUAGCCAAAAUAAAAAAAUCGAAUCAAUCGAAAUUGCUGAACGGAGCUAAAACAAGCCAGUUAGUAGAGAAUCGCGCUAGCUGUGAGGCUGUGAAAAAAUGUACGGCUGUGUGGACUCCUCCGCGAUUGCCAUCCAGUAGAACACCUCCAACAGGAGGAAAACGGUCAUCUCUCUUAACUGUAAAGAAAGAGACAAGAUCCCCAAGGUCUCCAAGAUCCCGGAAUAAUACAGUAGUGUACCCCCCCAGUGUUUCUCUCCACCCCAUACCUUUGAGAGGACCACCCAUUGUAUCGCCAUUACAGCCUUUAUCGGUCAUUGGUAGGCGUCUGUUGAAGAACCAGUGCGGGGAGUGCGGCCGCGUACUCAGCAGCAGUGCUGCCCUGGAAAGCCAUGUUAGCCUUCACACAGGUCGCCGACCUUUCUCGUGCAAGCUUUGUGGGAAGCGUUUCUCGGACUCCAAAGGUCUUAAACGGCAUGGCCGGGUGCACCGCAAUGGUAGGAUCCAUAUCUGCCAGCAGUGCGGGAAGGGCUUUGUCUACAGUUUUGGCCUCACCAAACACCUCCAGAUGGUGCAUAGCAGGAUUAAACCUUUUGUCUGCCAGAUCUGUAACAAGGGAUUCUUCACAAAACGAGAUGUGGAAGCCCACAUACGGAUCCACACUGGAGAGAAACCAUUCCAUUGCAACCUCUGUGAAAAGAAAUUUGCAAGAAGGGUGGAACUAAAUAUGCAUUUAAGGUGGCACAAUGGGGAAAAGAGACACUGGUGCCCAUACUGUGGGAAAGGAUUUUUAGACUUCAACAACCUGAAAAGGCACAAAUAUAUCCACACAGGGGAGAAACCACAUUCCUGCCCUCAUUGCCCCAAGAACUUCACACAGUCAGGCCACCUGAAAAAACAUGUUAAAAAUGUACAUAAAGUCCAAUGAGAGAUGGACAUCCAAGAUGACACCCUAUUCCAGUGAGAAUAGUAAUGGUUUUAAUAAUGAGAGAAGGAAAGUCUUGUAAUGUGAGAAUAAUUUUUUUUAAUUCAGUGUAUCUGUAAAGCUAAUGAAGAAUUGCAAUGCUUUUAUGUUAUGUUCAUUAGGAUGAUUUCUUUUGUUUAUUAUUAUUAUUUUUUUAAGGAGACUUAAAGGAAUGGUUUGACAUUUUAGAAAAUUUGCUUUUUGCUUUCUUGCUGAAAGUUAGAUGAGAAGAUCAAUAUCGGUGUCGUGUCUGAAUGUAAAGUAUGGAGCUGGAGCAAUGAGGCGAGUAGCUUAGUGUAAAGACUGGAAGAUGCAGAUCCUCUAAAGCUUUGUUUAAAUUGUAAAAACAUACAUUUUUGAUUUUAAAUUGUACAGAUGAAGCAAAAACGUUUUUUUGUUUGUUUUUUAACUUUCACUCUGGUCCCAGUCUUUAUGUUAAGAUAAAUGGAUUGUCUCUGGGCUCCAACUCCGUGUUUAAUGCACAGCUAUGAGAGUGGUACCAAAUCUCUUCAGGGCACUGUGUGCUCUUCACAUGGUAAAGAAAAGUGGAGGCAUUUUAUAAUAUUGUCAGCAGAUAUGUAUAAAUCUCUUGCUGUUUAAAUAUUGAAACAGUUUUCUACUGUUUCCACAAGACGCAACUGUGAAAAGCAAACAUUUGGACAGCUGUUACAGUGUGAUUUUGAAAGAUACAAUAAAUGUAUGAAAAAUUAUUGAAUUGUAAGUAUUAGUGUAUUGUUAACUGUA